GAUGUGAGAAAACUUGCUCAAAUAUCCUGGUGGGGAGUUUCUCGGGAACGUUUUUUUUUCUUGUACCGUCCCCGGGUUUGAGACAUUCGAUACGUCGCUGGCCGUGGGUUGUGUGCUGAAGAUUGUUCUGGAACAAAGUCUGGAAAUGUUUCGUCUGGCUGGAGUUAUCGUUCUUUGUUGUGUCGGUGGGGCGCUGUCCUGGUCAUCUACUCCCUGCAGCCUGAGGCUGAGGUCAGGUGGGUGUGUCGACAAGAGGACAUCCUGCCCCUACGGGACGGUGGAGGUGCCAGAGUUCAGCAACUACGUGGGCUGUUUCCGUGUGGACCAGAAGUGUUGUGGUAUAGCUCCAGUGACCCCCACGCCAACCCCCACCCCUAAAGAUCCACGAACAACAUUACCACCAAAGUGUGGCCGGGGCAGUAGCAACUCUGAUCGGAUCUUGGACGGGAGUGUGACGGGUGUGUGUGACUGGCCGUUUGUUGUCUCCAUCAGGGCGAGACUCCGAGCAGCCAGUCAGCUGAACUAUGCUGGUACGUCCCACUCGUGUCAAGGUGUUCUAAUCGACAAACAGUGGGUACUGACUAGUCCCUUCUGUGUCUACGGAGCUGGAUCCUCUGCUGCCGAAGCCCGGGAUCGAAUCCUGGUGGUGGCUGGCGAGUACAACGUGUCUAGACUGGACAUCAACCCGACCACAGGCCAACAGCAGGAGCAGAUCAUAAACGUAGACAGUGUCUACAUUCACCCUAAUUAUGCAUAUGCUAAUCAGGCGGAGGCCAUUCCAUUUGACGACUCGGUCAAACUCAACAGCAACGGUGUUGCCCUGAUUAAAUUAUCCCAGCCAAUCACAGGCUCCUGUUCUGGCGUCAUCUGCCUGCCCACGCCAGAAGAAGCAGCCAAUAGCUGUGCUGGAUACGAUGAGUGCGUCAUCACGGGGUGGGGCUUCUCCACUGAGAGCUUUGACGAGAACUUGUCAGGUGAGUUGCUGUACGGCAAAGUUCGUCUGUCAUCUGAGGAAGCCUGCAACUUUUUGACAGACCGUCUCGGCCUGAAGGACGCCAGACCGACAGGCUCCAUCUGUCAGAGUCCAGCAAACAUUUUGACAGACAGUUGUUUGGGCGACGAGGGCGGGGCCGUGAUGUGCUCUAACGGCAACAACUGGGUGGUACGCGGCAUCCUGCCCUUCAACAUGUGCUCCAACGGCCGCUACAACCUCUACGUCACAGAGGUGGCGCCCUACCUGACCUGGAUCCAGAACACCAUGGACGCCAACGGGGGUGACGGCUCCCAGACGAUGGUAGGAUAGACAGCGGCUGUUGCUGUUUUACUACAUCGGCCACAUGAUGACUGAACUAGCUUUAACUUUCUGGGGGUUGGGGGGGGGGGGUUGGGCUGAGGGUGUGGCCCGAUCACAUGAUCAUUUAAAUAAUUUAUACACGGUGAUAUAUUCUGUGGGAGGAAAAUUGUCUUUAAUUUAAAAAAAAAUUUCUUGUCUGUGUUACACUGUUACACGAUGUUCUGAUCUGAAUCAAGAAGUUCUAACUGGCGUCAGCAAAAGGCCCUGAUUACUCAGCCAUACCUGUCUACUCUGUCAACUACAUUUCAACUCAACUUUGAUCCAAAUAUAUUUUUGUUUGUAUUUUUAUAUUAAAUUUCUGUUA